UUUCUCUCUUAUUUUCCCAGGAAAAUUUCCAAUUUUCUUUCCAAUUUUCCCUGAUUGUUCAUGUUCUAGGGUGCUCCUUCACUUCCCCCUAUAUAUAACACUUGGCCUCUCACUCCAACGCCAAAUCAAAUUCAAACCCAUUUCUCUUCUCUGCCCAAAGUUCCCAACUUUGCACGCAAUUCACCCUUUCUCCCAUGGCCACUUGUGUUGAUUCCUCUACCGUUUCGCUUUCCCGGAAGCCAAACGGGUCCCAAUUCCGCCGACCCAGUUUCUCCGAUCGUGUUCCCCAUAUGCCCAUUUGCAAGAACCGUGACAAAACCUCGCAACCGUGCUCCGUCGUGGAGGAAUUGGAGCACGGCGAGAAGGUUGAUCUGUGGCAGAGGAUUCAGGAGGAGGCUAGAGUGGAUGUGGAUCAGGAACCUGUUUUGUCCAGCUACUAUUUCAGCUCUAUCUUGUCUCACAAAUCGUUGGAAAGCGCUUUGGCGAAUCAGCUUUCCAUCCAUUUGAGCAGUUUGAGCCUUUCUAGCACCACCCUCUUUGAUAUUCUCAUGGGGGUUCUGGUGGAUGAUGAUGAAAUCAUAGGUGCUGUGAAGGAUGAUUUGAGAGCAGUGAAGGAGAGAGACCCUGCUUGCAUUAGCUAUGUUCAUUGCUUGAUGAAUUUCAAAGGCUUUCUUGCUUGCCAAGCUCAUAGGGUGGCUCAUAAAUUGUGGCUACAGGGGAGGAAGGUUUUAGCACUGUUGAUUCAGAACAGGGUUUCUGAAGUUUUUGCAGUGGACAUUCAUCCUGGUGCUAAAAUUGGGCAUGGGUUUUUGUUGGAUCAUGCAACUGGACUUGUGGUGGGGGAAACAGCUGUAAUUGGGAAUAAUGUUUCAAUUCUGCAUAAUGUCACAUUGGGAGGAACAGGUAAGGCUUCAGGGGAUAGACACCCAAAAAUUGGUGAUGGAGUGUUGAUUGGUGCAGGGACUUGUAUCUUGGGAAAUAUUAAGAUUGGUGAUGGUGCUAAGAUUGGUGCUGGUUCUGUAGUGUUGAAGGAAGUGCCACCAAGAACCACUGCUGUUGGGAACCCAGCAAGGUUGUUAGGAGGAAAGGAUAACCCUAUCAAGUUAAAUAAGAUUCCUAGCUUUACCAUGGACCAUACUUCUUACAUAUCUGAAUGGUCUGAUUAUGUUAUCUAGAUGGUGAUUAGCCAAUCCUGUUGCAUGUUUUAGAUUUUUUUUAUAUAUUUUGGUCAGGUGAUUUUGAUUUGGGCUUUUUGUUUGUUAUACAAGUGAGAAUCUAAGUUCUCCUGGUACCAACAAAACUCCUUUUAUACCAUGGUAUUCGAUAAGCAGAGUUGCAUGUAGCACUUUAUGUGCUCUGUUAUUGUAUGUACCGUUUUGGGACUACCCUUUAUAUGUAUAUGAAUUUGGCUUGCUUUGCCUGCA